AUGAACGCAUCGGAAGAAAGGAUUGCAAACCACUGCGAUCCGAAAAGGCUAUGGAAUUUGAUUGUGAACUCACAAGAAAAUACUAGCACCGUCACGUUGCCCUCCGGUUACAUCUUCAACAAGAGUGAAGUGAGCAAUUUGUAUUACGCGUAUGUGAUUUCACAGAAACUUGAUAUCGUGGCUUUACCGAUUUUGGAAAUCGUACUGGCUGUGUUCGGCAUUCUUGGUUCAGUGUGUAUCCUGAUCACGAUUACACACCAGUGCUACAGUCAGCGCUUGACUUUCAAGAGCUUCAUGGUUGCGCUGUCCACAUCCGACUUGGUGUUCAACGUCUUCGCCAUGCCAUUCGUUUCCUUGUCCCGCUUUACGACAUUCUCCGGCACACCGCAUGCGGCAAUUUCAUACACGGUACUGGUGACGAUGUGCAUCGUCAACGUAGCGUCGUUGUUCAGCGACUUGACUUCGUUGUGCAUGAUGUUCGAACGGUACGUCUCGUUGAUGAAACCGUUCUACUGGCACAGCAGAAACAGACAGUGGAAAAAAUGGUUCUGCAUAACAGCGUUACUGCUCAACGCCUGCAUGUCUACGUUCCGACUGUACAGUCCGCUGAAGUACCGCAUAGAGGCUACUGGCGGGACGUCUACGAAAGUACCGUUGUACUACGUCACCUUUUCCGAUUUUCGCGGAACGCUGUGGCAUCGUGUGCUUGGUCUGAUUUGCGACAUCGUGUUGCCGCUGACCAUACUGGUCGCCAUGCUUUACUUCUCUCUGCAGACGGUUACCGUAGUCAAAAAGCGAAAGAAGAUCUUGCCGUCCAGAAUUGCAGUCCAGAAAAGCUUCAUUGAAGGAGGCGUUGUUUGCCCUCCAACCAGUUCUCUUACCACCUUCAGCAUCUCAAACGUUGACCAACCCGAAAAGACAAAGGAACUCGAUAGCAUCAACAUGCUCAUAUUUUGCACAGCCGCCCUGACAAUCAUCUGCGAAGUCGCUUACACCUAUCUUUGGUUCCUGAAUUUAUCGCUCGGUGACGAAGUGUCCAUGAACGACUGUAUGAACAAAGACCUGACUCGAUUUAAACUCAUCAAACAUGUUUUGAACCGCUAUUCAGCGGCUGUCACAAAUUUCGUUGAGUUCGUCACCCGAGCAUGCAACUUUUACAACUAUCUGACGUUCAGCGCGGUUUUCCGCAGUCAGUUUGUGGAACGAAUGAACAGUCUGAAAAUUAUGAUCUCAAACAAAUGUUUAUAUUAA